AUGAAUAGUAUAUAUAAAAAAUUAAUAUGCAUUAAUCGACAUAGAAUAAAGAACAAUUUUUUUUUAAUAAGUUAUGAUAAGAUAAAAGCAAGCGAAUUUAAAAUACAAAAAAGAUAUUUUUUUUUUUUUAAAAAUGAUAAAAACGAUAUCAUUAAAAAUGAAAUUGACGAAAUAUUAAAACAAGAAGAUUAUUCGAUACUUACAAAACAUAAAAAAGUGACACCUUCAAGCCAAAAUACUGUAGAAAGCAAAUAUGGAAAUAAUAAUAAAAGUAAAGGGAAAAUAAAAAGAUUAUUUAUAUUUAUAGCAUUUCAAAGUAUACCGAUAAUAGGAUUAAUGUAUUUAUUUAAAUAUAUUGAAGAAGAAAAAUUAGCAGAAUUAAACUAUUCAUUUGAAACAUCUGAUGAUGUUAUAAAUGAGACGAUAAAAUUGAUAGAAGUUAACCCCAAAUGUUAUUGUCUAUAUUCUAAUAAUAAUGAAAUUAAUACCUUUUUCAUUGAUCCAUUAUAUCCAGAAAGUUCAGAAAUAAAUUAUGAGCAAGGAAUAAAUAGUAAGGAGGGUAAUACUACUACUCUUAUAAAGAGUGACAAAAAGGAAUCCGGAGAAAUACCACUACCAAAGGACAGUUUUCAGGAUAGCGAAAUUACUGAAAUAUCCAAAUCAUCACAACAUGAAACAGAAGAAAAUAAAGGAAGUAUUGAAAGCCUCAUAGAAUCGUUAAACACGUCGAUUAUUCAAAAGACUAUGAGAGUAAAAUCAUCAACUGAACUACCUUUAAAUUAUUUAUAUUUUUGUAUAGCCAAAAAUAGUGAUAUACAUAAUUUUUUAAAAAAUAAAAAUAAUAAUAUAAGUAUAUUAUAUACUGAUGAUAAAAAAAAUGUAUAUGCUACCUUAACAGGCAAUGCAACAAUAAUAGAAAAUGAAAAUAUCAAAAAUAUCAUAUGGACAAAUAAAUGGGCCUAUCUUAUACCAGGCGAUUACAAAGAUAAUUAUAUAUUAAUUAAAUUUACUCCAUCUCUAAUUUCAAUUAAAACAAUUGGUUUAAAAAAUACUCAUUGGAAAAGUAAUAUAGUUAAACGGGGGUUGAUUGAUGACAAAAUAUCAUGGAUUAAAGUAUAA